AUGCAGCAGCCAACGUGUGUGUCUGCGCCUGGCAAAGUGCUGCUCGCGGGCGGGUAUUUGGUACUUCACGAGCAAUACACGGGCAUCGUCCUGUCGACGACUGCGAGGUUCUACGCGCAAGUAAAUAGCCAGGUUAUCGAACCUGACACGACCGUGUGGCCAGCUUCGAGGGGAUGGCGUCCGUUGUUCCCGUUACUAGUGGAAAGUGAACAGUUCAAGCAGUUGAUCGACGGCUGGAUCGAAGAAAAGAGGGACGGACGGUCGUUUCGCUUCCAGCUCAGGAAGAGCUCGCAUCGGAACGUGUACAUUGAAAACACCGUGUUGUGUGCGGUGAAUGGUAUCGCUGGGCUAGAAGAGUUCAAGAGUGAAGACGCUUUCCGGAGACUAGCAGAGACCAAGAAGCGGGUUCACGUUCGACUUCGGGGCGACAAUGACUUUUAUUCUCAAGUGCAGAGGCUGCAAGAUGCCAAGCAGCCACUUUGUCGCGACAGCUUGAAGACACUUGAAGCGUUCCUUCCUCCUACGAUCGAAGAGCGGGAUGGCGAGCUCGUUGCAUUGAAGACAGGCAUGGGAAGCUCUGCUGCUCUCGUGACGUCACUGGUUGCAGCCCUUGUGACGUUCUUUGUACCGACUAUAAGCUUUGAGGAACGGCAAAGGGAUCUAGAGCUGGUGCACAACCUGGCCCAGUUGUGCCACUGCUACGUCCAGCGCAAGAUCGGAAGCGGCUUCGAUGUAUCAGCAGCAUGCUUUGGCUCGCAGUUAUAUUCCCGAUUUCCGGUUUCUGUAUUGAACACGUUUACGUUCGAAGACGCAAUAGAGCCGCAGAAGAUUGCGCCUUGCAUCAAAGACCACGCAUUGUGGAACACUUCUAAUCGCGUGAAGUCUGUCCGAUUGCCUUCUACCUUCCACAUCCUGAUGGGAGACGUGUCAUCCGGAUCGGCCACUGUUUCGAUGGUCCGACAAGUGUUGAAGUGGCAAAACGAUCAACCUAAGCAUGCAGCACGAGUGAUCGAUGCAAUUCAUCGGCACAUCAUGGAUGUUGAGCGAGGCUUUGCUGAAAUUUGCGACUUGGAGACUAACUAUACAAAACGCGGAUGGAAAGAUAUGGCUGCUGUAAACCGCGACCAGUGGGGUACGAUAGAUACUAAGAUUGGGGCUGCACUCAUGAGAGUGAGUGCCGCCUACGCAGGUCUUCGACAACUAAUGCGUGAAAUGGGAACAUCUGCUGGAGUCUCGAUCGAGCCACCGGAACAAACAGCGAUCUUGGACGCAACGUUAGCGAUUCCUGGUGUUUUGCUUGCUGGAGUGCCCGGAGCCGGCGGAUACGACGCGAUUUGUGUGAUUGUGCUACACGAGAGUGUUUUGCAAGCAGUGGAAGAUUUGUGGGUCCGAUGGUCUUCAGCACAUCCUGACUCUGUUAUUUGCCCACUGCUGUGCGAUGUCGACCGCGGAGUGGCGAGUUCGUUAUCUGCAAGAUCCGGACUUCGAAUGCACGCGUGCUCAGAAAACAAAUGGCCCCACACUUCUAUAAAUGGGAAGACAAACCACCCAAACCGGAGUCACGCGCAAGCGCUUUUCGACGGUUACCAGCCCAGUACGCAGAAUCUAAUGAAGCGGAAAACGCGUGACGGGGACAGUGUCGAGGAAGACAGAAAAGAAAAGACAAGUUGCCAGUUGCUUAAUAUAGUCAAGACUGAUCGGACAGAGCAGGAACAGCCCGGACACUUCUCAAUUUGUGGAUUACGAUUUGGGACAGAGUCCUGGGCGGGGAUGAAAACUAGCAACGAAGAUCGACAUGUGUCGUUCGUUGACUAUUUUCCUGGCCCAGUAUUUGGCAUCUUUGACGGCCACGGCGGGACAUUUUCAGCGGACUUUUUGUCACGGCAGUUAGUUAAGACCGCUGCUUCAGUGAUACGACAGGUUAUUGGGGAGAAAGCGCUUGCAGGCCUACGCUGUUCUCGAGCUCAGUCGAUGCAAGAAAAAGCUCGCAAGGUCGCUCUUGAUAAAGAAGCGACGACAGUGCGCCGGCAACUCGAAGAAGUGGAGGCGAUGAGGUCAGUUACUACCGCAACAGCUUCCGAGAGCUCUGCUGACGAUUUGCACGUAUUAGCCGACCAACUCUCGAAGGCUAUCGCGGACAUGGACAGCGAAGCAAAGCAAAUUGAGGUCGAGGAAGCAGAACGCCGGAGAAAUAGGUGGCAAUGGUGCAGUAGACUGCACAGCUGCUUCUUGAAAUCGUUCAGAGAAUCCUUCAGGCGAGUGGAUUCGCAGAUCUUGCAGAAGAAUACGUCACAAGAUGGGUCUACGGCUCUUUUAGUUUGGUUCUUAGCUGACUCGGUCAAUUUCGAUGACGACGAAACUGCGGCAACAAAUGGGGAGAACAACAACACGCUGAGCUUCUACACCAUAAAUGUAGGUGACUGCCGAGCAGUUAUGUGCCGAGGUGGUCGAGGUGUGCCGCUCACAAGUGAUCAUAAACCCGAUCGUCCGGAUGAAAGACAGCGGAUCGAGAAGGCGGGUGGCUAUGUGGGCAAGAUUGCAGGUAUUUCUCGCGUGUACUCUGCGGCAGGAGCUGGGUUGUCCAUGCGUCGUGAAGCGUCUACACAUUUGGCAGUCUCGCGUGCAUUUGGUGAUCAAUCGCUGAAACAUCCAGCGCCGCUCGUGUCGUGUGAGCCAGAGGUGGCGCGAUUCCAAGUGCUCACCGACGAUUUGUUCCUCAUCUUAGCUUGCGAUGGCAUUUGGGACGUCAUGAGUGAGCAAGAUGCCGUUGAUAUCGCUCUGCCACACUUUCACGAUGCUAAAGCUGCGGCAGACGCGAUCGUAAAGGCUGCGUACAAGAAAGGAAGCUUGGAUAAUCUAACAGCCACGGUCGUCCAGUUCGCAUGGAAGACCGGCGAUCAGCUACAGCAAGCAAUUGAUACCAGCAAAGUGACCAAAGCAAGGACUUGUAAGAGCAGGCAGAACUUGGCUUCCGCAGAUUCACUCGUUGGAUCAGACGACGAGAUUGACAUGUUUAAUCUGUAA